GAGUCUAGUAUUAUACAGAAUAGCCCGAGCUGUAGAUAAAUCGUUUGGUUGGCUGUGUGUUUAGUUCCCCAGUCAACUCUGUAAUUCACGUGGUCACUACUAUAAUAGUAAACGUGAAAGCUCCGAAAACCUGUUAAUUCUUUUCCAUAAUCUUAAUCCAUCUUAAUCCAUUACUUGUGUAAUGGAUUUAGUUUCUGUAUCUAAAUUUCCAUUUAUUUUGAAGUACAAGGACAUCCGAUCUUGUUGUAAGAGCGAACCAACUCAAAACCAGACUGCUUCGGUUACAGUUGCCUUUAUUGCUAUUUUAUCGGCUUACUGAACUUGAAAAACCUACAGGAAAAGAACUAACUGGAUAUUAUCUCCUGCCGUAGCGUCCCUUUCUUUUCUUUUCUUAUCUUUGCUUUUUUCUUUUUUGUUUAAUAUAUUUCAAGCUUAUGCUUGGAAUAAUAAGCUUUAAUAUAAUUUUAUCCAACAAUAAUUCUUGUUGAUCAUAAGUCAACCCGGAUUUUUCGCUUUUUUGAUUCUUUUAGGCGUCUCGAAUGAUUUCUACUAAGAUAUUUUAUUGAAGUAAAAGAUAUUAUUUCAAGAAAAAUUGUUCACCUAUUGUAACAUAUUUUUUUAAUUUCAUGACUUGGGACAAUGGAUGGUAACUGGUUUCAAGGUCCCCCUUGCCCGAUUCGAAACUGUAAAUGCAUUUGGUAUUUCAAGAAUGAAGGUCAAACAGUCUGCAGGCGAGGUCACAUUCAACAUGGAAUGGAAAUAGCACAGGAUGAUGAACCUGGUUCAGGUGCUUUCUUCCAAACGAGAAAACGUAAGGUUGUUCGUAAACAAUUCGAUACAGCUGAUUCUGAGGAGCCUCUGUACGGAGCUGCUGGUCGCGAUUUGUAUUUUCAGGUUUACCAAACGAUUCUGCAAACUCAAUGUAGUGCUUUAGUCUCUGACUUGAAAUUCCCUCCGACUAUCGAGGGAUUAGUCCGUGAUUUAUGGGGACUAUAUCUAUCAUUUGCAUAUGAAUCAUUUUCUUCUAGUUAUGCAUCCUUGAAUAAGGACUUAUCGCUUCUUGAGGUCUCAGACUCAGAUUUGGAUAUGGAAGAUCCAGACACUCAAACUUCAAAUACGUCAGAAGCAAGCAAAAAUAUUCACAGAGACCAAAACUUAUCAUAUCCGAAAUUACUAUAUUCUCAAGCCUUUAUCUAUAUCUCUUGUCUCUUGCUACGCCUUCCCGUUACACUUCAUCAAAUCCGAAUGUGGAUUCGUGCAGACUUAUUGCCUUACUAUAAAGCUUUUAAAGUUAUUCCGCCACAAAUCAUAAAACGACUUCCUAUUAACUACGUUCGUAUGCUGGUUCCAUACCACUAUCCUUCCACCCAUCGUCUGCAGGGAGCCGUUUCAACUAUUCUUCAAAUACUCAUUCCAAGGUAUAGCAUACAACUUCCUCCAAUUAACGUAUCUCUGAUAUUAUUAGAUACUAUCAAGUUCUUUGUUUUUCCCGUAGAAUUAUUUCUUCCAGUCAUCCAACUAAUCAACUCGUUAAAUCUUCCCAUGUCUUUAGGAGAAGCACACAGACAAGCAGAAGCUUCAUUCAGCACUAAUGUUCAUUCAGAAUUUACUUCAGAAACUUCCACAAGUCCAGAGUUAAUGAUUCUCGCAGCACUAUUGGUUUCAGCAAACAUUUCAUAUGGAUUUGACAGACCAACAUCAGGCUUGUCUAGUGAGUCUGAAGACAGCAUGAUAAUUCCUGAUUGGGAAAAGUGGAUGAAAUCUGUUUUGAGUCUUCGAAAAACCAAGCGAGAGUCAUUUAUGGAAAUGGACGAAUAUUCAAUACAGUAUCUAGAUGAUAGAGAAAUCGAUGGUUACAUAGAUUGGUAUUUAAGGCAAUUUCUUGAUGACGGCAACCCAAAUCAGCUUCCACAGGGAAUGCUUGAUUUAUUUUCAAUUCCCUCAAAACGGACCGACACUGCUAAUCAAGCAGAAAACUCCGAUAGUUUCAAUGUGGACUUCGAUCACUUAAUCAAUACAGCUCGUUCGUUUAAGCUCGUGAAAACCAAUGAAGCGAAUCUUAGGUCAAUCCUUUUAAAAGAUGAACCAUAUUUGCCCAUGUUUUUACCUCGACCUGACCCAGAUAGUAUAUCUUCUCGUGUGGUUUCCGUGGUAGCAAAGCUAUAUGAUAUUAAACCAGCGAUGCUCAUAACUGCAGUACGGUUUGUGGAGCAACGGAUAAAGAAAUCAAAACAGAUCAUACAAUAAACUUAUAUUAAUCAUUCCCCUCAUCGUCAUUCAUUAAAUCCCAUAAAUAAUUUGAAUAAAAGAAAGGCGUAUACUUGUUGCUUAUUUGCACCGUUCGUAAAUCGUUUUUUGUAUCUAAAUUCGCG